GCUAUUUGUGAGUUUCGCCGCGUCUUUGGGAGCUCCUUCGCGUAACAAUUCAACCUCAGAAAACCUAGCUCCGCUCGCCUGAUGUUCCCCCAAGUCCCUCCACGGCUCUCGCGUCACCCUCUUCUCGUUCCUUUCCCACACAGGCCAUAGCCAUCAGCCUGCUCCAUCCUCCUCACCUCCGCCUCGGUUUUGUCCCUGAACCUGUGCUCAGCUUACUUCCGUCGCCGGGCAGCCAUGCUCUAGAUACCGUCAGUCUUACCGUUCGAGUCUCAACUUCCAUCGUAAUUUUCUCAGCGCCGCUUGAGUCUGCAUUGCGCUCGCCAGCCCGCGGACAGCUCGUUCGUAGCGGAGCACGCUCGAAUGAUUCUUUCGGACCAUUGCCUUGCACGAACAGUCUUGUAGGAACAGCCUUGUUCCAAGGAACAUUCCCCAUAAGGACAGUCUUGGAUAGUCUUGGACAGUCCCGUAUUGAGGUGUGGCCCCUCUUCAGCAUUUUUGUUUCGAACCCUUGUUCGCCUUCCUUGCUCGACGUCUCCGUCGUUUCGUCGCCGCGACCGUCGCACGCUCCUCCCCAACCGUCGCAAGUCGUCGCAUUCGUCGCACGCGCGCAAUGGCUCCCC